CUCUCUCUCUCUCUCUCUCUCUCUCUCUCUCUCUCUCUCUCUCUCUCCCACUUGUUUACUCUGAAUGUCCCACACACUCCUAACUGCUUUUUACUUCACAGCUGCUGCAGCAGUAGAAUGUGUGUGAGUGUGUGUGUGUGUGUAGAGCAGUGGACUGUCUCUAUCCAGGCUGCGUGAAGAACAUGUUCAAUAUCCUGCAGGAGGCUGCAAACUAAAAAAAAAGAAAAAAAAGAAACAGGAGGAAUACGGGCUCCAGCUUUAUUCAGUCAUGGUUUGCAGUAUGACGAGCGUAAGCAGACUAAAGGAAGCAAUGCGUGUGUGUUAGGUCACACCUCCCUUCCUUCUCCUGCGCCCUGCUUUUCUUCAUGAGGACAGAGAGAUGACCAUGCGAGGGCACUGGUCCUCCAACACCCUGGCCGUUAUCUUCCUCCUGCUCUCCACUGCAGCUCUUUCAGCCCACUUCAGGGUUUGCGAGCCCUACUCGGACCACAAAGGGCGCUAUCACUUCGGCUUUCACUGCCCUCGCCUUUCCGACAACAAGACCUACAUAUUCUGCUGUCACCACAACAACACGGCCUUCAAGUACUGCUGCAACGAGACCGAGUUCCAGAGCGUCAUGCAGCUCAACCUCAGCACCACGUCUGACGGUUUCACUCACAAUAAUUACACCGCCCUCGUUGGUGUGUGGGUUUAUGGUUUCUUCGUCAUGGUUCUGCUGGCUUUGGACUUCUUAUACUAUUCAGCGAUGAACUAUGAGGUGUGUCGUGUCUAUCUGGAGAAGUGGGGACUGGGUGGUCGGUGGCUGAAACAGGCCAGGAGCCAGUGGCACAGCACCGCCACCACGCAGGAAGGAGAACCGAGCUCAGGGACAGGUCUGAGCCACGGUCCACAUCAGCAACAUCAUCCCAGACAGAGUUUAAGGGGAGAGGUGGAGAGUCCUACCCUCCAGACCUUCCAGACCUCCACAGCAUGAAACUUGAAGCUUGAUUCAUUAAGAUGUUCUGUGCUUAAAGGGCAGAAGAAGCCAAGAAGAAAUAGCCAACAGGCAACUCACUGACUCUCCACAGAGUAACACUCCGAGUUGAUCUCACUUUCUCCAUGUGAUGUGGGUUUUUUUGUUUUGUUUUGUUUGUUGCUUCACUCUGAUGUUCAGUGAGGACCUAUUCGUCCCUUUUCUGCACUACAGGACAAACACUGUCUCUGACCAUUCAACUGCAAAGAGUCCUGUUGUAAAGAAGAAACGUGAUCUCUAGUGUGUGUGAAACUCGCAGUGACACAGACUGCAGCAAACUCGAAAUACUGAAUGUUUCUUUUAGACGUCUCAGCAGGAAGAUCAUUUAUUUAUUCAACGAUUGUACUGGUCCAAGGCAUUUGGCUAGAAACUCAAGACCAAAAAAAAAAAAAAAGCAUAUUGUACUUUUUUUUUUAAUACAAUUAUACAUACUUGGCUUUGAAAAAUAUUGUUAGAAUGUUGGUGUCUGAUCCACACAUUAACAUUGACGAUUCUCGCAAUAAGGUGAAGAACAUCUGAACUACUGAAGUUGACAGAUAAAGCAAUAGGUCAUGUUAGAAAAAACAUACGGUGGAUUUCAUGUGUGUGUGUGUGAUAUCGUCUCUAACAAAUUAUACUUGAUUAUGUGGUAAUGUUGCCUCAUAGAGUUUUGUUUUUUCUUUAGACUAGCCUCAUGGUGCAUUCACAUUCUCGCAAAAAUGGACAGUAGAUUUAAAGCUUUCCAAAGUAAAAAUCUGUAGCAAGAAAUACUGAUACAUUAACUUCUCUUCAUGACCUUAAAACUCUGCUUUGGCAGCAAUGUGAAUGCACCGUUGGUAGGAAUCCUGCCGGUAGCUUUAUUUCCCACGUGGAAAAACGUGCACUGAUUUGAGGUGAGUUGAUAGGAAUAAUAGUCGAAGCAAGUAGUUAGUCAACCUGCAAUAAAGCACAUUGUUGUGUCGCCAUUACAUUGUGUUAGAAGAGAAAGCGUCUUGUGAUCUUGCUGUCGGUGUUACAGGUGGUGACUGAGCCCGAGACCGUACUCGAGUGGUACAGGAACAAUGGGAACAUGACGGCGAGAAGUUUCCUUACAGUCAAACUAGUGUACACCUCGCACCAGUCGCAUUGUAGUGGCACGUGUAUUUCACUACGGGGUUAGUGUGGCACCGCACCUGUUCUCAAUGUGGGUUUUACAACUGUAUAAAAAGUGUUUGGAUGCGGUUUUGUCGUAAUUGCACUUGUUCAAUUUUUACUGUCACAAGCUGAAAAAAACAAUUAAUGAAUAAAGAUUUAUCUUUUGCAUUGUGUUCAAUAA